GCGCUUCUGCUGCUGCACCUGCCGCGGCCCGCGACGGCCGCCGCCUUCAAGGAGAUGACGUGUGAACCCAUCACGGUGCCCAUGUGCCGCGACGUGGGCUACAACCUGACGCACAUGCCCAACCAGUUCCACCACUACAGCCAGGAGGAGGUGGGGCUGGAGGUGCACCAGUUCUGGCCGCUGGUGCGGAUCCGCUGCUCGCCGGACCUGCUCUUCUUCCUGUGCAGCGUGUAUACGCCCAUCUGCAUGCCCGACUAUGGCCGCCCGCUGCCGCCCUGCCGCGCGGUGUGCGAGCGCGCCAAGCGCGGCUGCUCGCCGCUCAUGCGGCAGUACGGCUUCCAGUGGCCGCCGCGCAUGAACUGCGAGCGGCUGCCGCGCCAGGGGGACCCUCUGCAGCUCUGCAUGGACCGCAACGCCAGCGACGAGCGGCCCCCCGCCGCCACCGCCGCCGCCCCGCCCCCGUCCAAACCCCCCCCCCACCUCCUCCUCCCCGCCGCCGCCCCCCCGCGCCGACGCCCCGCCCCCUCCGCCCCCAGGGGCUGCGACCCCGAGUGUCCCUGCUGGCCCCCCUCCUCCUCCUCCUCCUCUUCGUCCGGGUCAUCGUGGCGACGGGACACGCCCCCGGCGGCGGGAUGCCCCGCCCCCUGCGUGCGGCCGCACCUCACGGCCAACCAGCAGGCCUUCACGCGGCUGUGGCUAGGGCUGUGGGCGGGGCUGUGCUUCCUGUCCACGGCGGCCACGCUGGCCACCUUCCUGAUGGACCGCGCCCGCUUCACCUACCCCGAGCUGCCCGUCGUCUACCUGGCCGCCUGCUCGCUGGGCGUGGCCGCCGGCUACCUGCUCCGGCUGGCCGCCGGCCACCGCGCCGUGGCGUGCGCGGCGGCCGACGGCGGGGGGGCGGGGCCUGCGCUGGCGCGGGGCGCAGCCGCCACCGGCUCGCCGCUGUGCAUGCUGGUCUUCCUGCUGCUGUACUUCUUCGGCAUGGCGGGCGCCGUGUGGUGGCUGCUGCUGUCGCUCACCUGGUACCUGGCGGCCGGCCUCAAGUGGAGCAGCGAGGCCAUCGCGGGCCACGCCCACUACUACCACCUGGCCGCCUGGCUGCUGCCCGGCGGGCAGACGGUGGCCGUGCUGGCGCUGGGCGCCGUGGACGGCGACGCCGCCGUGGGCGUGUGCUACGUGGGGGGGGGGCGGGGCCUGGGGCUGGUGCUGGCGCCGCUGCUCCUCUACCUGCUGGCCGGCGCCGGCUUCCUGUCGGCCGGCUUCGUCUCGCUGUUCCGCAUCCGCCGCGUGAUCCGCGGAGGGGGCGGAGCCGGGCCGGGCGCCGCCCUGAAGAGCCGCAAGCUGGAGCGCCUGAUGGUGCGGCUGGGGCUGUUCACCGUGCUCUACAUGGUGCCCGCCGUCGCCGUGGUGACCUGCCUGGCGUACGAGCAGCACCGGCGGCGGGAGGCGUGCGCGUCCUGCCCCGCCCCCCACCGCCGGCAGAGGGGCGGGGCCCUGGCGGCCGGCGAGGAGGCGUGGCCCGAGCACGCCGUGCUGAUGCUGAAGCACUUCAUGACGCUGGUGGGGGGGGUGACCUCAGGGGUGUGGGUGUGGUCGGGGAAGACGCUGGGCGCGUGGAGCGGCUUCCUGUCGCGGCGCUGCUGCCCGGCGGCGGCGUUGGGGGCGGGGCCAGGGCCGCGGCCGUCCGAGGGCUCCACCUGCAGCGAGGCGAGCUCCGCCCUCACGCACCGCACCGCCAUCACGCCGUCCACGCUGCACGCCAAGUCCUCGGCCCCGCCCUCGCUGUGA